UGUGCUGCAUGACUGUGAUUUUUGGCACGCAGUGUCACAUACCAAAUUCCCAAAAUAAAAUGCUACAUGAUAUUCUAAGAGCUUUUAGGAAGCUUUAAAAAGGGAUUUGUCCACUGAGUCGGUAUCUCUUCUGGUGAAGCCAAGUGAUGCAGCAGGAAUGGUUUAAGACGAGGAAACUAGUCAGCAGAUAAUUAGUCUUUUUAAAUAAGUGCAAGGAGAAAAAAAGAAAACCUUCCAUCAGUCUCAUGUUUGUAAAAGUUGUCAGUAAUCCUGCUUUGAUUGUAAAGGGUUUACAGCUAUACGUUUGAAUAGCUAAAACAUCUGUUCAGCAACGUUGUGAAAUCCUUGUGUUCGGAACCCCUGAUAAGGGGGACUGCUGAGCAAUUGGCUCAUAGAGGCUCUAGAGGCAGCAAGGGCUGUACAUGCAGUGGUCACUGCUUGCCUUUCCUCCUCCUGGUCAGAGGAAAACGUAGGAGACAGCUAUUACUUACAUGUGAUUUUCCUUUGCAAGGGAGAGAGCAGGAAGUGCCUAGGAAAUGGUUCACAACAGAAACCUGGAGUUAUAAGUAGGAGAGAGGAGGAGGAGAGCCUAUGGAUGCAGUCUGUGAACAGCUGAAAUACUGAUACCACAGCAGCAGAGGAAAACUGGGCUUCUGCGGGAGCGAGCACAUCCCCAGCUGUCCUGAUGGAAGGAGAGACGGGACCCGAGGCCAAGAGAAAAGCCAGCAAAGCCACAUGGAUCGCCCUCGGUAUCUUUGUGAGUGGCACCGUUGUGCUUGGCACCAUGCUUUUCCUGGUUAGCCAAGGUCUUAUAAAGUUUCAUCCAAAGCAACAGUACUGUUUGACCUCAGAAUGCAUUGAAGCUGCUGCUGGCAUCCUAAGCAAGAUAAAUCAAUCUGUAGACCCAUGUGAGAAUUUUUAUCGAUUUGCAUGUGACGGCUGGGUAUAUAAUCACCCUAUUCCUGAAGACAUGUCAAACUAUGGUGUUUAUCCUUGGCUGCGACACAAUGUGGACCUCAAACUAAAGGCAUUGCUUGAGAAACCCAUCAGCAAAAGACGAGACAGUGAAGCUGUACAGAAGGCUAAGAUCCUUUAUGCAUCCUGCAUGAAUGAGAAUAAAAUUGAAAAAGCUGACAUGAAACCCCUGUUAAGUAUACUGAGGCACUCACCUUUCCGCUGGCCUGUGCUGGAAUCCAACAUUGGACCUGAAGGGCUGUGGUCAGAGAGGAGGUUUAGCUUAGUGCAGGCCUUGGCAACUCUUCGUGGUCAGUACAGUAACUCUGUCUUCAUACGCUUAUAUGUGGCUGCUGAUGACAAAAUCUCCGAUCAGUAUAUCCUGAAGCUUGACCAAGCAAGCCUCUCUCUUGCAUCUCGAGAGGAUUACCUGGAAAACACCACAGAAGCCAAAUCUUACCGAGAUGCCUUUUUGCAGUUCAUGGUUGAUACAGCAGUGCUUCUGGGUGCAAACGCCUCACGAGCUGAAUCUGAUAUGAAGUCAGUUCUAAGACUGGAAGUUAAAAUAGCUGAGAUCAUGAUUCCAUAUGAAAAUAGAACAAGUGAGGUGAUGUACAAUAAAAUGAACAUAUCGGAGCUUAGUGCCAUGAUUCCACAGUUUGACUGGCUGGGAUACAUCAAGAAGGUGAUUGACACCAGACUCUAUCCUGAGCUCAAAGAUAUAGGUCCUUCAGAAAAUGUGAUUGUCCGUGUUCCCCAGUACUUCAAAGAUUUAUUCAGGAUACUAGAAAAUGAAAGGAAAAAGACUCUUGCCAACUAUCUGGUGUGGAGGAUGGUUUAUUCAAGGUUGUUUAACCUCAGUAGACGUUUUCAGUAUCGAUGGCUGGAAUUUUCUCGGGUGAUCCAUGGAACCACAACUCUGCUGCCUCAGUGGGAUAAAUGUGUGGACCUUGUUGAAAGCGCGCUCCCUUAUGUUGUGGGUAAGAUGUUUGUGAAUGCCCAUUUUCAAGAAGACAAGAAAGAGAUGAUGGAAGAGUUGACUGAAGGAGUUCGCUGGGCUUUUAUUGACAUGUUGGAAAAGGAAAAUGACUGGAUGGACUCUGAAACAAAAAGAAAAGCUUAUGAGAAGGCAAAGGCAGUUAUGGCAAAAGUUGGUUACCCUCAAUUUAUAAUGAAUGACACAUAUCUUAAUGAAGACAUCAAAACACUGAAGUUUACAGAAAGUGACUAUUUUGGCAAUGUGUUGCAAACUCGCAAAUACGCAGCCCAGUCUGAUUUCUACUGGCUUAGAAAAGAAGUUCCAAAAACAGAGUGGUUUACAAGCCCAACUACUGUAAAUGCUUUUUAUAGUGCAUCUACCAACCAGAUCAGAUUCCCAGCAGGAGAACUGCAGAAGCCUUUCUUUUGGGGAACAGAGUAUCCUAGGUCAUUAAGCUAUGGUGCCAUAGGGGUAAUUGUUGGCCACGAGUUUACUCAUGGAUUUGAUAGCAAUGGUCGGAAAUAUGACAAAAAUGGAAAUUUAGACCCUUGGUGGACUACUGACUCUGAAGAAAAAUUUAAAGAGAAAACAAAAUGCAUGAUUAAUCAAUACAGCAAUUACUACUGGAAAAGAGCUGGCUUACAUGUGAAAGGCAAGCGGACUUUGGCAGAAAACAUUGCAGAUAAUGGAGGUUUGCGAGAGGCUUUCAGGGCAUACAGGAGAUGGAUUACAGAAAAGAGAGGAGGAGAAGAGGAGCCUUUACUGCCAGGGCUCAAGUUCACACACAACCAGCUUUUCUUUCUGAGUUAUGCCCAUGUAAGAUGCAACUCCUUUAGACCAGAAUCUGCGAGAGAACAAAUAUAUGUUGGAGCUCACAGCCCUCCUCAAUUCAGAGUUAUCGGUGCCAUGAGCAACUUUGAAGAGUUCCGUAAAGCUUUCAAUUGCCCAGCAAAUACAACGAUGAACCGAGGGGCAGAAUCCUGCCGACUGUGGUAGACAUCCCUUCCAGGUCUUCUGUCAAGAGGGAUCUGCAAGGUGAAAUGCUGCGCCUGAGCUCAAGCCCACGGGAUAGAGUUUCAGAAUAAAGUUCUGCAAUCUAGAGAGCUGUUACUUCAAAUGCAUCUUCCUUAUCCAUGCUGAUGACCUACAUGGAUCUAAUCACUCUCUAUUCAGAGCCUAGAAACACUUAAAAUAGAAGAGGAUAGGUAUUCUUUAAUAAUAAUAAUAAUAAUAAUAAUAAUUGAAAAAAGGAACUCCUUUUAGUCAUAAAACUACUAAUGCUCAUCUGCAGUUGCAUUGCUGUUGAUGGACAGCUGCCAUUAUCAAUCCUAGUUCCUGAUUUAUAGUUGAGUAAGAGGUAAAAGCUAAAAUCUGGUUUUAAUCUAUUGCUCUGCAGGGGUGCUACGCAGAAUUCUCCCACACAAAAUUUAUCCUUUCUGGAUGAAGAAAUUCAUGAGACCUGCUACAAAACCAGGCCUGAUCUGCUUUGUGAUACAGCAUUUCAUAACUUAAACUAUCACUGCCCAGCAUGCUAUAAAUGAUGUUGCAUGAUGUAAAGACACAAGACUUUAUAAAAAUUCGGUUUAAUAUGUCAGAUUAGUGCCUUAAAUUUUGGAACAGUUUCAAGCUGAGAAAGCACCUCAUGGUUUCCAUCUGCUACGACUGAACAGAAAGGAUACUUGUCAGAUCGUGGCCUCUUCUAAUUUUAGAACAGCUUAUGAUAAAAAUCAAUGUAUGGUGAAAGCAGAGGCUUGCAGAGGGAAUUCCCAGCACCAUGAAACUCAGAAAUAUUACAGUACUUAUUCCUGUUCACAGUGUGGGCAGUUUAUUUUCCUAAGAGUUGAUCUUUGCCUUUUGCUUCAUCUACAUUUAUUUUAAAGCCUCAAAUACUAUACCAUUUUUAAUUUAGAGAUUUCUUAGUGUCUGGGAUUAACAGAGGAAUGUAAGUAGUGUGCAUGUUGGCCCUCAUGUUCUGGACAGGGCAGAGUGAUUUGUGAUUUUAAGGAAAGAAGAAUGUGGGACUGAAAAACAGAGUUCUGGUACCAUUUGACUUGUCUGGAUAAAAAGAGUAAUGCAGGAGUAGAGUAUGUUUAAAUACAGUAUACAUGCAGGACAGUUGAGUUUUUUAAUUUUAUUUCUGAAAAUAUUCAUAAACCCCCACAUUUUAUUGCAGCAGAAAAACUUUAACACAUAACUAUUACUGGGGGCAGGGGGAACAAAACAACCCUUUCUUCCCAAACAGAAAGAUAUGUAUUUAACUGGUAUUUAUUUAUACCUUGUGCAUUCAUUUGUUUCAAGUGGAGAGUUUCUUUACACUGAUUUAAUUACUGCAAAUCUAUAUAUGUCUCUGUGUGUAUAAUACUUUCAUAUAUAUAUACACACACACACAAAUAUAUAAAUUCUUCUAUUUGCUUAAAUUUUAUUUUACCAGUAUAGAAAUGUAAGUAAGAUAAACUUUUUUUACAAGGAUUGGUGAAAUAUUGUCCAACAGUCAAGGUGGAGGAAGGUUCAACUGAAGCCAAGUUUUUGCAAAUGGGGUUAGUAUCUUAUGUUUCUUUGUAAAGAAGGGGAACAUCAUGGAAACAUAAUUUAUGGAAGGAGACAGGCCCUCAAGCUACCUUCCAGAGGGAAGGAAGCAGACCCUCCUGAAUUCAAGGCACUGUUCCACUUCUUAGAAAGAAAAUACUAUUUUUUGGGACCAGGACUUUCUUUCGUCAAAUUUUCCCUGAAAAAGUAAAAGUUUUCUUAAGAGGAAAAGCAUUUUUGCUUCCUUCAAGCCAGCUCUAUUCCUGAGUUCUGUGGAUUACAGUUUGUCAUUUGAAUUGCAACUACUACAUUUUUUUCAUGGAGAUACUUUUCACAUAAACUGUGAUGGCAGUAUUUUCAUAGACACUUUCCUCAAACAAAUAGGUGUGGGUCUUGAGCAAAGUGAUACCGUUUGCCUACUAAGCGGAGUUCUCUAGUACAUUGAGUACUGAGCUGAAUUAAUUCCUGUGCUCAUACGACCACUGACAUGAUGAUGUUGGCUGCUUUGGAUCAACAGCACAAAGUUCAGGGCCUGUUAAAGGUAGUACCAGUAUGGUCGUUGUCCUCAGAAAAGUCAGGUCAUCAACUCAAACACUUAUCUAAACUAAACUUUAUAAAUUACUGGACAAUGCAAAGCUGGUUUCUCAAGAGUCAGCUUUAAGUUUUCUAAUUUUUUCUCUGAGAUCAGAGAUGCAUUUGCAAGGGCUCGUCUCUCAUGGCUGUUUUCCAGUGGGACAGAUUCUGUCAUUCUGUGGUUUAUGGGGUUGUUUCUUUGUACUGGAUAGCAAUUUCUUCUAAAAUGCCUGGUGCUUGCUGCCUUAAAUGUCACUCUUACUGCUCCUUGCUAGGCUCAGGUCUUUCAAGUUUAAUACCAGGGAUUUUUGAACUGUGGUGUGCAUAUUCCAAACAGCAGAGGAACUGCUGCAAAUCUGUUUCGUCUGUGCUAGGACAUAUCCUGCAGCAGUCAGGGGGCCAGGUCCUGGUCUGGGAGGAUAGUAGGAAGCUGGAGGGCUUGGGGGCAGUGCACCAGGAGGGAGGAAGAGACUGUAUGACCAGAUUGUGUACCUUGAUUUUAGCAGUUGAGAGGGGACCUAUACACUGCCAGGAAAGCCAGAAGCCCUUGCUGCUGACUGGCACAUUCAUCGAUAGUAUCACAGUUUGGGGAAUCCUUGCUGCUGACUCAGGUUUUCAGUGUAGGGCUUAGGGCUUGCAUAUGCCCAUGUGAGGAUCCCAGCCUGCCUCACUUGCUCAUUUUUUACGUCAAACCAAACAGUUGGUAAUGCAAUUUACAGUUCACUUUGGAGCCAGCUAUUUAGGUACCAGUUGGAAACCAAAGCAGAAGGUAAUUAAAUUCAUUAUUAAAUCUUGGUCACCAAAGAUAGCCAUAAGCUAAUGAUGGUUUGUGAGGGCUUUCCCCAUUGCCUGUGUUUUGCCAGACUCCCUGGCCUUGCUUUGUUUUCACAUUGUGCUAUCUGGGACUGUGCUAGCAAUGCCUUGCUGUGUUGCUAUCAAGCUCACUUAUUACAUCUAUGCAAACAGAUUCUUCAUCAUAUAUAUUCUUCUCUCAGAGCUUUCAGAUUUUUUUCAUUUUGUUGUUUUUUUUUUUAAUUGCCAGUAAUAUUGUGAAACGUUUCUUCUUGUUGGCUCAGUAAUCUUCUCUUCCAGUGAUCUAGAGUGGAAGGAUCACGUAUGAAGGAAACAUUUUUAGCUGUGUAAAUUUGAAGAGAUAUUUUUCUACUGUGUAGACAUAAAGAAACAACCUCUACUCCUGUCCCAUGUCCCCUUCUUUGGGUUCUGAAAAUAUGCAAACUUUCUAUCCUAUUCCUAUUCCUAUUCCUAUUCCUAUUCCUAUUCCUAUUCCUAUUCCUAUUCCUAUUCCUAUUCCUAUUCCUAUUCCUAUUCCUAUUCCUAUUCCUAUUCUUAUUCCUAUUCCUAUUCCUGUUCCUAUUCCUGUGACUGUUCCUAUUCUUGUUCCUGUUCCUUUUCCUAUUCCUAUUCCUGUUCCUACUCCUAUUCCUGUUCCUAUUCCUAUUUCUGUUCCUGUUCCUAUUUCUAUUCCAUUCUGUUCUGUUCUAUUCCUUCUUUUUCUGGACUAACCCUGCAAACACUAAAACACCACCUUAUACACUGUGAGUAUUUCUGCUGAUUGCAUUGUGAAAGAGUUAGCUUUACACACGAGUAGCUCUCUGAAAAGGCAGCUGUGCUAUUCACUUCUGUAAACUGCUUAGGUACAUAAACGAUACCCAAGCUGGGUCUGGAUGCUGAAGGACUAAAAACCCCAGCUGUAUUAUAAAGCUCUGCUUGUGCCUGUGCAGGGAGACUUCAGCGCUCUUUAGGUAGGAAUGUUACCAUGACACUAAAUGUUUGGAUUAUUUAUAAAAAAAUCAGGGGGGUUUAUGUAUAACUUUUCAUUGAGUAUUAUUCAGCUAAUUACAGGCUUAGAAGUAUAUCUCACAGCAAUGUUUUAUUUUUUAUAUUUAUCUAUCUAUCUGUCUCCAAAGAAACAUUAAAAGCCUGACAACUCAAGAGGCAGAACUAUAGUGAGUUAAAAGGUCUUUUAUGUUUAUGUCUUUUUAAUCUGGAUUUUUAUUUUGCAAGUCAGUUUAUUGUACUUUUUAAUUUUUCUUCCUGCAUCAUAUGUGAAUGACACUUUUAAAGACAAUUGUGUUAGCCAAUAAAAGCCAAAGUGAUAAAGAAUUUUCCUAUGCUUGCAAUAUGGCAAAAGCUGCUUGGCCUGUCACUGCCCAACUGUACUAUGUUACUUCUGUAAUAUAUAGUUUUUAUCCAAUGUAAUAAA